ACUGACUUAAAACAAACUCCUAUAUUGCUGAAAAGGUACUUGUAAGUUAGUAUUGUCGUAUUUCAAGAGUGCUAAGUAAUUUGCAUUGGCCAUACAGUAAUGCAUGUUAGUGUCUAUUUUUUGCUAAGAUUAAAUUAAUUCAGAUGUAUUCAGAGAACAUAACCCAAGUUUAUUCCUCCUGUUAGAACCGAUUUUAUAAUAAGUAUAAUAAGUGAUAUAGUAAUUAAAAGCAGUGUUGGUUUCUGCACAGCACUAAUUGAAAAUACGAACAAGCUUCUUCUAUAAAAAUCAUCCAGCAGCUGAAUGAUUAUUAUUUAUUCAUUCAUAAACCAAAUUAAAUAAAAUAAUAGUUUUACUCUCUUCAGUCCUGAAAAGUUUCAAACAUGGCAACAAAUUCGUUUCAAUGACAAAACCUUGAGUAAUGCAUCAGCCUAAACUUUGCUCCUCCUACACCUCCCACUUUAUCUGUGAGGGUGGGAUGGGCUGAGGGUGUGUGUGUGUGUGUGUGUGUGUGUGCGGUAGUACAUAAGCAGAGGGAGAGAAAGUGAGACCAGGAUAAGACCACAGUGGCUGAGAAGUGAUGAUCGGUCACACAGCCAGCCGCUGCGCUCUGCUGCUCUGAAUCCGGCUGAUUAUUUUUCACCCUUUCACCGUUUCUCCUCCACUUUUCUUCCUCACGUCGUUUCACUGAAACCAGAGCAACAGGAUUGUUUUUGGUGCUUGAGGAGAAGCUGAAAGAUGAAAAUGGGAAAAAGAAACAGCUGAGAUAAUCCUGGACCGCUCCAAACAUUCCCAAACUGAAUCGUUUCCUGCUGCUUUUCAUCGGCUUCGUCAGUUUCCUCCUCAGCUUCUUCAUGGACAGAGUUUUCAUGCGCAUGAAGCUGCCAGGAUACAUCAUGGACUAAGAACAUGGACAACAGAAAUUUACCAAACAGAAUCAUAGAAUCAGUUAUAAAUAAAGGUGACACUUAUCCAAAUCUUAACCCAUUCAGGACUGGCUGUAACAAAGAGAAGAAGUAAAGAUGAACUCCACGGCUCAGCAAGGCUUGAUCCCAUGCUACCUGAACCAGAGCCUGCGCCUGGGAACUCUGCCAGAGAAAGACGUUUCCGGAGAGGAGAAGGAUUCCUCUGCUGGCUGCUACGAGCAGCUGCUGAUUUCCACCGAGGUCUUUCUCACUUUGGGCAUCAUCAGCCUGCUGGAGAACAUCCUGGUGAUCGCCGCCAUCAUCAAGAACAAGAACCUCCAUUCCCCAUUGUACUUCUUCAUCUGUAGCCUGGCGGUCGCUGACAUGCUGGUCAGCGUCUCCAACGCCUCGGAGACGAUCGUCAUAGCGCUGAUCAACGGCGGCAGCCUCACCAUCCCCGUCACGUUCAUCAAAAGCAUGGACAACGUGUUCGACUCCAUGAUCUGCAGCUCUCUGUUCGCCUCCAUCUGCAGCUUGCUCGCCAUCGCCAUCGACCGCUACAUCACUAUCUUCUACGCCCUGCGGUACCACAACAUCGUCACCAUCCGGCGGGCGUUGCUGGUCAUCGCCAGCAUCUGGACGUGCUGCACCGUCUCUGGCAUCCUGUUCAUCAUCUACUCAGAGAGCACCAUGGUGCUCAUCUGCCUCAUCACCAUGUUCUUCACCAUGCUGGUCCUCAUGGCGUCGCUCUACGUUCACAUGUUCCUGCUGGCGCGCCAGCACAUGAAGCGCAUUGCCGCUGCCGCCCUGCGGGGCAACGCGCCCAUCCAGCAGCGCGCCAACAUGAAGAGCUUCAUCACCCUCACCAUCCUGCUGGGGGUGUUUGUGGUGUGCUGGGCGCCCUUCUUUCUGCACCUCAUCCUGAUGAUCACCUGCCCCAGGAACCCCUACUGCACCUGCUUCAUGUCGCACUUCAACAUGUACCUCAUCCUCAUCAUGUGCAACUCCAUCAUCGACCCCAUCAUCUACGCUUUCCGCAGCCAGGAGAUGAGGAAGACCUUUAAGGAGAUCUUCUGCUGGUGUAUUAGCUUUCUGUGAGACGCUCCAGGUAGUUCAUCUGUAAUCUGUGUGCAGUGCAAAGCUCCAGGU